AUGGCAGCAUUUCCAAACAUUGUUAGCCAAGUGGCAGCUGGCCUGAAUAAUAAUAAAAACAACAAUCAAGGGUCGGGAAAUAGAGAAUGUACGUACAAAUCCUUUAUGAGUUGUAAUCGGAAGGAAUUUCAUGGGACUGAGGGAGCCGUGGGAUUACUGACUUGGUUAGAGAGCAUGGAGUCUAUGCUCCAUAUUAGCAAAUGUACCGAAGGGAAGAAAGUAGAGUUUGCUGCAUGUCUAUUACAAGGACGAGCAUUAACUUGGUGGAAUACCCAAGUACAAACUCGGGGCCAGGAAGUCGCCAACGGUCUUACGUGGGAAGAUUUUAAGAGGAUGAUGAAAGAAGAGUAUUGUCCAAGGAGCGAGAUCCAGAAACUGGAAACAGAAUUACGGAAUCAUGAAAUGAGAGGAAAUGAUAUAGACUCUUAUACUGUACGUUUUCAUGAGUUGGCAAAAAUGGUACCGCAUCUAGUGACACCUGAAGAGAAUCGAGUUGAUAGAUAUAUUUGGGGAUUAUCUCCGGUGAUACGCGGGGAUGUUACUUCGGGAAACCCAAAAACCCUACAAGAGGCAGUAAGUUCGGCAACCAAACUCACCAACAAUGCUACUCGUUCAGGAAUGUUUGUAAAAGAUAAGGCUUCAGGGAAGAGAAAGAUGGAGGAACCUACACGAAGGCAAUCUGGGGGAAGAAUGGGAAAGGCUCUAAAAAUAUCAGAAAACUACGAGAUUCAGACUCAUCAGCAGAGAAGGAGAAAAGAACUUAUCAAAGGUGUGAGAAGUGCAAUAAACAACAUGCCGGACGAUGUAUUAUCUGUCAAAAAUGCAACAAAGGAGGUCACUAUGCCAAAGAUUGCAGGAGCACAGGAAGGCGGGCAUAGACCGAACACUAACCAUGCACGACCAGCCAACCAAGGAAAUCAAGGAGGUCCGGCAAGAGGCCAAGUGUUUGAGAUUGGAGCUGAGGAAGCAAGGCAGAAUCCAGAUGUAGUUACAGUGGAUAGGAGUUUUGUGUCAUUAGAUUUUAGACCAAAAAUAAAUCUAAGACCUCAAAAGUUGAAAGAAGUAUACAUCAUUGAAUAUGCCAACGGUCAAGAGUGUAAGGCCAAAGACAUAAUAAUGGACUGCACUUUAAACUUGACUAGUAGGGAUUUUCAUAUAGAUUUAAUCCCGAUCCAACUAGGAAGUUUUGACAUAAUUGUGGGCAUGGAUUGGUUAUCCAAGAACCGAGCUGAAAUUAGUUGUUUCGAGAAGAUCGUUCGAAUUUUGUUACCUGAAGGGGGAAUACUCGAAGUACACGGAGAGAAACCCAGAAGGGUUAUUAAAAUCAUGACGUGUUUGAAGAUGCGAGAGUAUUUGAGAAAGGAAUGCAUUGCCUUUCUAGCUCACGUUAUGGAUAAGAAAGCUGAAGAAAAACGCGUUCAAGAUAUUCUUAUAAUUCGGGACUUUCCCGAAGUAUCCCCAAAUGAAUUGCCUGGAAUACCCCCACCAAGACAAGUUGAGUUCCACAUAGAACUAAUUCCUGGGGCAGCACCCGUGGCAAAAGCACCAUAUCUGUUAGCACCAUCUGAGAUGAAGGAGCU